AUGUCCUUACUCAGGGCCGCUGGCCUCCGGUCUGUGGGCGGCGGCGCUCGGCUGUCGCAGCGAUGCGCUUCGUCUGCGACGACACUUACUUUCCGAGGGCAACAGCCCUACCAACAGUUGCGGCAAAAACCGACGACCUGCUUCUCAAAACUAGUUGGCUACCAAUACCGCCGAAACUCGACGAACGCCCCGAAUACCAACCCGAAAGGUUCGUCCCAGCAAAACGGACAACCACCGAAGCCGACACCUUCGCUCGCGGGCAUGAUCUGGCGCGCCAUCAGGUCCGAUUCCGCCCGGUCUUGGUACGUAAUCCGGAACACCAAAUUCAGGGAUGUCAUGCGCGAUAGUCCGUUGGAGGCAUUCAGUGCAAUCGUGGCAGUGGUUGGGGCCAUUGGCGUUAUGUUCUACUGCAUAUACGCCUAUUAUACGUACUUCAACAGCCGGCAGUUUACGCGCUUUCCCGAGCCCGUGGCCGCGGCCCUGCGCAAGGCCCUGUACUUCAGCAACCACCAACCCGACCCGCAGCGCGCCCUCAAAUACUACAAGCAGGCCCUCGAGCUUUGCGAGCAGGAAGGGAUGGAUCACUUCUCCGACGAUGUGAUGGGCAUCAAGAUCCAGGUCGCCGCGUGGCUGGAGAAGAUUGAGAGCUACCAGAAUGCGAUCGACGUGCUCGAGAACCUGCUGGGCGACUGCAAGCGCUGGGUGGAGGUCAUGGAGAAGAGCGCUGCGGACGGAACCCUUCCCAAACUGGAGCCGCCGACACCCCCCCAAGAGGGGGAAUCUGCGGCCCCCAACCAACCGCUGGAGGGGUGGUGGGCUAAGCGAACGCGGAUCCUGGCCAAGGCCGUCAGUGUCAGUGUCAAGUUGGCCAGCCUGUACUCUGACGAACAUGUUCUGGAACGGGAGACUUCCCACGAUCGGCUUGUCUGGGCCGUUGAGACCGCACUGAGGGAGACGCAGAGGCGCGCCAAUGGUGGGCUCAAAGAAGGGGAGGGGCCUUGGAUGACUCCCGAGGAGAUUGGCGGCAGCUUGGAGUCGCUCGCGCAGAGCUACCAGGCCAAAAACCAACACCACCUCGCAGUUCCUCUUUUUUUCCAGGCUCUUAGGUUGUGCGAGGAGCCCUGCCACAUUGCGCUGUUGAUGAACAACAUUGCUACCAGCUUCGCCGAGCAUCCUCUCAUCACGCCCGGUGAUGCUCCCGUGCACGCGAUGAUGAAGGAGGAGUCCCAAGCCUGGGCCUCAGCGGCCGAACAGCGCGCAUCGUACCUCGCUUCGGCCCAACGAUGGGCACAGAACGCCGUCAGCCAUGCGUCAGAGCCACAGGGUGAGAAACGUACUCCCGAGUGCGACCAGGCCUGUGCCGUUGCGCUGUCUAAUCUGGGUUCUAUUCUGGCGAUCCUGGGUAAGAACGAUGAGGCGCGCAAGAAGUAUGAGGAGGCCAUUGCCUUGAGCAAUAAGUUUGGCUUCAGCGACUACGCUACAGAGGCUACCACGCGGCUUCAGAGCCUGCCUUCAGCAUGA